AUGGAGGUUCUAGAUCCACGACAUAGUGUAAUCACAAAUGCUGAAGUAUUGCGACUGCUGCAAGGUAGGCGUAAGCAGCAAAAUGAACUUUCAAAAGAUCAACGGUCAAAGAUUCUUGGAACGGUUAUAUAUGAAACAAGUAAAUAUUUGCAAGAAACGCCAGCCGUCACGCAAAGUAAUGUAGAAAUUGAGAAAUUUAUCCGAGCAGUAGCGUCAUUCAAGUUGACGGCGGUAGAAAUCUUACAACUCAUAAAUUUGCGACCCGUAACUGCUGUUGAGGUCCAACUAAUAGUGGAAGAAUGUGAAGAACGAUUAAAUGAGGAACAAGUGGAUUCUUUACUCGCUAUAAUUCAAGAAAACUUGUCGGAACCAUUGCCCGAUGAUUCUAAAGUGAACAGCACCAAUGGAAAGGAAAACGGAUAA